GGAGAGAUAACGGCAGAUGAAUGCUGCGAGGAAAACUGGUUAAACAUGUUAAUACCUUUGCGCCAACAGUGCCUUUUCUGCUGCAGUCAGAAUCUGGGGGUUUGAGGCCCCCUGUGGACCAAAAACGUCACAGUUGAAUAGCCAGCACUGCCUCCGGAACUGUCCGAAAGUUAGUCAGCUUUGCUAGUGGCAAGGAGAAGGCUAUACAUCAAUUUAACUUUAAAUAAACCGCUACAGAUUGAAACUUUUUUUAAUGCAUAUGGAGUUCAUUUGAUCAGAUUUCUAAAAUGAAGUGUAUUCUUGCUGACUCCAAGUUGGAAUUUACAGUUCUUUCUCUCUUGCUCACUUUUUCAUUGAUUUAUGGAACCCCAUCGAAAUACAGCUUAUUUCAGGGUAGCGCCUACUCGGGGGCUGCACCGAGACCGAGGAAUAAAAACUGGUGUGCGUAUGUUGUGCACAAGAACGUGACUUGCGCCGUCCUAGCAUCCACGGAAAGUUCAGUUGAACCAGAGCUCGCGCCGUGCCCGGUGCAUCUCCCUGACUGCGCGCAACAACUGAUGUAUAGGACGAGGUUCCGGCCCACCUACAAAAUUGGGUAUAAGGUGGUGACUGAGCUGGAGUGGAGGUGCUGCCCAGCGUUCCAGGGCCCAAACUGCAGGGACCUCAAAGAUGCCCCUCCAAAACCCACAAUAAUGUUGAGACCCCCCACACACCCUCUCACAGGCGUAGGACACACUCAACAAACGCAGAUUCCAGAGUCUGGAGAAAGUGGUCUACGGGGCCAGCAGCUGCAGGAUGGAGAGAAGGUCCGUCACCUGGAGGAGGAGGUCCAGCGGCUCUCCCAGACUGUGCUGGACUUGCAGGCAGCCAUGACCGGCAUGAACGAGAACCUGCGGGUGAACAUCCAGGAGGACACCAGCAAGAUGCUUGUGACACUUCUCAACAACAUGCGGCCGCCUAACAGCGCCUUGACCGGGGCUACAGAGAGCAUUCGACUGCAAGAGCACGGGCUGGGCCAGGACCCCAGGGUCCUGGAGGAGGUGAUGGCCAGACUCAGUGAUGUUACCGACACUCUGAAGAGCAAGAGCGACAUCCUGGAAGAGCUGCAGAGUACUGUGUCUGGUCACGAUGGCCAGCUGCGGCUGCUGUUGGAAGCCGCCCAGAGUCCUCAGGCCACUGCUCCUGCCCCACAGCCCCUUACCGCUUUACAGACCUACUUCGAUGGCAAGAUCGCUGACCUGAGGCACGAGCUCAUGGAGGGGAUUGAGAUCAAGAUGGCUGACCUGAAAAAUACCUGCGAGUAUCAGAUCGCAUCAAUGCAGGAGCAGUGCGAGGGUCAUGAUUCCAGCUACCUUAGCCUGGCGGAGCUCCUGGACUCCAAGGAGGCCGACCUCAGGAAGGAGAUCCAGGAUCUCAAGCUGAACGUUGAUGGGGAGGACAGUGCUCUCCGGAAGGAGGUGGGGCGCAUUUCUGAGGCCCACCAGGCCCUCAAUGCCAGGCUGGACAGUGAACUGGGGCACCUAUCGACACUUCAGACUGAAGACGUUUUUAGCCAGCGCUUCAAGGACCUGGAGGCUCGAGUCAAUGCGACUGUAAAGAACUGUGAGGAGAACAGCAUCUACAUGGAGGAUAAGAUGAAUCAGCAGAUUGCAGACAAGGUAAAACAGCUGAGAAACCAGAUGGAGGAGAAGCUGAUCACUGUGGAAGAACAGUUCACCACAAUGCUGGUUGAGAUAAACAACUGCAGUACGUCUGGAGUAGACAGUCUGGCAGUGGACACUUUGCAGAGCGAAGUGAACUCUAACAUGCGCUUCAUUCAGGAUCUGGAGAAAAAGGUGAAUGCUCUGGGUGAAGCAUGCUCCAAAGACUGCAGCUCGAACAAGAAAACUAUUGAGAACAUAUUGCGGGAUGUUAAGAUUUGCCGGAGUGACCUGGAUGUAAUGAAUUCAGAUGUGGGUGGCAAUUCAGAUAAGAUCAGAGAACUUGAGGACCUCCUCCAGGGGCGCCUGCAGUCGGAGCAGCAGAACAGCAAGGAUUUUGCAGAUCUGCAGGGUGUGGUCAUUUCACUGAAGGACAAUGUUGGAGGCUUAGGAUUUACUGUUGCAAGCUUGGCCGAGUCUCUGAGCAUAUACUCACAGGACCUCCAGUAUGUAAACUCCACCUGCGGCCAGACUAGCGUUGACUGCCAGCAGGAGGCUAAAGAGAUGCGUGAGCUUCUGGACAGUCGCCUGAUCGGGGCAGCUCUAGAUGUCAGUCAGGUGGAGGAGCUGAAGAGAGGCCUGGUUCAGCUCAGUGGCCAAGUCAGUGCAGAGCUCAGCCAAUGUAAGGAGACCACCGAGGGGGUCAAGAAGGAGGUGUCCAGCGUGGACGGCCGGGUGGCUAAUGUGGAGAAUGCGUGCAGCAAGCUGGACACCAUGUCUGACAGCCUGCUAAGAAUCAAAGAGGGCCUGAACAAACAUGUUACCAGCCUGUGGACAUGUAUUAACCACAUCAAUGCCACCAUGAGAGUCCACUCCGUAGACAUCGGAGGGCUCAAGGGCUCCGUCCAGGAAUUCCAUACGCAACUCUCAGAUAUUGCCCAGGACUUUCAGGACCUGGCAACAAGCAGUCCUACCAAACCAGGUGCUAAUGUCAGACAGGGGAACCCCAAACCACCAACCGAGACCAGAAUCCACAUCCCCGUCAUCAUCCCACAGAGGACACCGCCCGUCACCACUCGCCCCCGCCAGCCAACCACACGCCGCCAAACCUCGGGGCCCCACCCACCGAACGGCCCUCAGCAGCCUGUGAUAGAGGCGGGUGAGGCAGGGCCCCCGGGCACCAUGCGCAGGACCCUCCUCAAGCUGCCCCAGAGCGACGGGGCCAUGCCGACCUUCACAGGCUAUGCUGGGGCCCCAGGUUACCCCCCUCAGUCUCCUGUGCCCAUUAAUCCCAAAAUAAAUCCAGUGGCCCAUACACCGAAGAAGCCAGUAUCACAUAAGACUGUUGUGGCUCGAGGAGCUGGAGAUCACAGACCAGGGGAACCCUUUUCCUUUUCGGCUGGCAUCACCGUCAUGCCCUUCUCAGGGGAGACUGGAGUCAUUCGCUUCAACAAGGUGCUGGUCAAUGACGGAGGGCACUAUGAUCCCCACACAGGUGUCUUCACCGCGCCUGCGGACGGGCGCUACCUGGUGAGCGCCGUGCUGACGGCUCAGAGGGGCGAGCGGGUGCAGGCGGUGCUGUCCGUGUCCAACCGCAGCGUGCAGAGGCUGGACUCCUGGGGAUACCGGCAGGCGCCCGGCGAGCGGGAGCCCAGCCCCGCCCCGGACAGCUGCAGCUGCGGAGGCUCCGCCUCCCUCAGCCUCGCGCUCAGCCUGAAGCGCGGGGACCGCGUCGGCCUGGUCCUCACCGGCGGCAAGCUGGCCGUGUCCGAGUCCAGAGACGUCCUCUCCACCUUCAGCGCCGUCUUCCUCUACUCCCCCCCCAGCAGCACAUAGCCCCCCCCCCCCCUCCCCUCUCCCCCACAAGCCCACCGUCAUCACCAAGAGUGAGUGAGAUGUCCAAAGGUGUGCUAGAAAAUAACACUAUGCAAUUUUGUGAUACGGAGCUUUAAUAUAUUUUGUAUUUGUAAGAAUUUGCUUUUUUUU